CUUGGACGCGAUGUCAUGAAUGCUGCGGGGCAGUUUUCUUAUCUGCGCUCAACUGUAUUCGAGAUGCUAGUUAUAAACUGAAAGGGUCUACUUCAAGUGGGAAAGAGCUGUCCCCUGUUGUUAAUCAAAACCUGGCUGCAUUUUCUGGAACUGUUCAAAACUGCAACAGAAAUUUUGAAGCGAUUGACACCGAUGCUGCUGUUGAUUCUCAAGCAACUGAAAAGAUUGAAGAUUCCUAUGACACCGAACGGGCACAUGAUUUGCCAAACGAACCGUCUGAUGCUGAAACUUUGGUAGUUAAUUCUGACACGGAACAAUUAAGCAAUCAAGGAACAUGUCGGAAUCUUGUGAAUGAAGUUUUUCCCCAUGAAAGCAAUAAAUCUGGCACUAUCCGUGGACCUGAUCGACUUGAAACUCUGAGUUCAGAACAACUGCAGUCGACGCGUGUGAAUUUUAACUGUAACGAAAGUAUGAUCAAAGAUGUUGUUCUUUCUCAAUCGAAUACUAGCGCUGUUUUGGCUUCUGCGCAUGAUGCCCUCCCUAACAUCGACGAUCACGAAACUUCUGAACAUGGUCGCUUAAUGCCAACGAAUAUGCAUUCCGAUCUUGUUGACUCUAAAACCUCAGGCCAUUGUGAUGCGGUACUGCCGAAAAUUAGUACCAUUCGAGGUUUGUGCCUAUCCCCUCUGAUGAUUGUCAUGUUGCACUGCCAACGUGCCACGGUCAUGCAGUUGCAACCUCUAGCCCUCCUGAUUCUAACAUGCAGAAAACUGCAGAUAUUCAGAGAAAGUGUCGUCACCCAAAUCCAGCUGGUCAUAUGGAGCAGUAAGGAGGUGCAUAAACCCACCAAUCUCCCGGGCGUCUCCCGCAGCAGCAGGCAGCUUCCAGAGAAGAAGAAGGGGAUUCGGGCAAGAAGAACAACAAAGGGACAUACCUUGAAGAUCGGAGAUCAGGUCCUAUGCAGAGACGAAGCUAGAUGGCGUUUGGUUCUAUCCAUCAUUGGUGAAAACUCUGAUUCUAGGACAAGAGGGACACAUAUGGACACCAAGGUGGCAAGGCAGGUGAAGAGGCUGGUGGAUUGGCGAAAGGUUUCCAAGAAGCUCUUUGAGGCAGACAAGCUAGCGAAAGGAACCUGCAUAAUGAGGACCGUGUCAUCAGCUUACUGUACAAGUCCCCGUUGGAGGUGAGAAUCUGAGAAUAAGCUGAGCGGGAAGGCCUCUGGCAGUGCUUUGGAGGAACAGAGGCUAGAACAACGAAAAGGGGGUGGUCAAUUGGAUAAUGGAUUGCCUUGCCUGACACGCCAAUAUUUUCCAGAAGUUCCAGAAAAAUAUAUAUGGCUAAGAAUUUGCACUUGGUUGAAGUUGUUUUGUUCGCUAAGAAGCUAGGAGUAAUUAAUUUCUAACACACGUGCACAAGAGUUGUAAAAGCGCAUAGCAUGAUACUUGCCUGGCAUCAGAUUUGUGAUGCUAAGUGUUAUGAAUGAAAUCUGUGUUUUGUUUCAUUGA